UUCCCUAUAACGCACAGAAUUCCAAAAUUCAAAAACCCCGCCACUAUAAUUUUCAAAAUCCAAACAAUCAACUUUCUCAUUCAUUUACACUCUCAUAAAUUCUGAUUUUUUUAAAAAAAGAAGAAGAAACACUCAUCCGUCCUCUCUCUCCCAACCGAAAUGAAGAAAAAAAUGAGAAGUCGAAAAUCGCCAUUGCCUAUGGCAUCGCCACCAUCUCCAUCGCCGCCAAAAUCUAGCAUUCUCAACAGCAACAAGAAAAAGAAGCCGAUCGCAUCUGUUGCUGCCGCCGCUGGUGUUUUGAGAUCAUCACCACCGCCGUCUCUUGAUAAAACCCUAGCUUCAAUCUCCGAUCUCAAGGAGUUAGCCUCUUCUCGCUUCGACGAUAUCAAGAGCCGUCUCAUCGAUCGCUCUCACUCUGAGAUCAUCAAAGAUCUCGAAGCCUCUCACUCUCGUCUCCACAAACACUUCAAGAUUCAGAGCCAAACAUGCCAGCAGAUGAUGGAUGAAUCGGAGAAGGAUUUUAAGAAGAUGACUGAACGGGUUACUGAAACCACCGAAGCAAUGAAGGAGACAUACACAGAGUUCAUGGCAGAAGCACAAGCCACCGCAUCUCGUGUGUGCAAAACCACAAUCCCUGAGCUUGCAAAGUCCUUGGAGAAAUCCAUUGGUGAUCUCCAAAGCCGCUUCGGUAUUCCAUCAAAUUGAUCAUUUGCUGUGAUUUUCUCGAUCGUUUGUAACCCAAUUGGAUGCCGUCAUCAAACAAGUAAAGAUGUACAGAUUAAGCACCGUACCGGUGUUGUUUAGGGAUGAAAUUUAGAAGGACAAUGAUCUGCAACUCUCAGCCAUUUCUUAUCCUCACCUGAUAACUAAUGAAUGUUACAUUUAGAAAGACAAAUCUAGCUGAUAAUGGCUUAUAGUCUAUAAUAUACCGGAAGAAAGGAUUAUCUUUGCUUUAGUGGUUUACCCAUUUAAGAUGAAUCAACCAGUGCAGACUGUCAAAGUGAUAUGUCUUUCCUUGUUUCCCUUUUCUCUCUUUUUCGUAGUUAUACGUGUUCCCUCUUGGCAUUGUUGUGGUAUUAUUUGGUUAGGGAGUGAGAUUACAUUUUCAACUCUAGGGGAGAUAAUAGUCAAAUAAACUAUUUACUUUAAACCAAGCAGAAUAAUGACUUUCCGAUUCUGAGAUAGAUAAGUGAAGCCGGAAAGAUGAUGUCCGAGUCCGAGUGUUUGGACUUGGCUCCAGUCAUAUAUCCAUCUAUCUAGAGAACGAUGAUUUUUGUUGCU